UUCCAGUGUUGUUGAAGUGAACGUCCGAAUGCUCACGUGACGUGACGAAGCUGCGCAGAGCUUAAAACCCGAACGCUUCAUCCAGCAGCUUCGUGUGGAAGUCAGCUGUUAUUAAAAAGCGAGCCGGGCUCUCCGGAGCUAACAUUACGUCAGCUGCUCUGUAAGACUUGACGCCGAGGGGAACCGCUCGGAGCUCUUUAUCGUCGCACGGAUUCGGCCGAUGCCCUCUUCGGCUCUGUUGCGUGUGUUCCCGGAGGAGAGGACCGUGUCUGCCGGACGUCUGGCCGUCGGAGGGGACGGCUCACCGGGACCAGCCCUGCACACAAACCGCAGUCCUGUGUUCCCGGCCGCCUUGGUCAAUGCCAGCCGUGUCGGCGCACUGGUUCGCGGGUGCUAGCUAGCCGCACGGGCUGCUCCGACGUGUAGGAACCGAUACAAAUCCGUCUGGGUCGACGAGCCGGAGGCGGCGUUUAACGUAACUUGACGUGAAUUGUUGUUCGCGCGUUAGCAGAGAGCGGGCAGCAGCGAUGACGCGCGGGGCUGUCACGGUGCCAUGUCACUGUCAGGCUAACCGAUAGCUCGCUGCCUGCAGCUGCCUUCCACCUCUGCAUGGCCGUCUCCAGCAGGGUUGGCAUCAUGUAGACUGCCCCCCCCCUCCUCCACCCCUCCGCCCCUCGAGACCGGUACGGCGACCGGGGACACGCAGCGCGUCAGUGAGCCUCCUUGGAGAGUGACGCUAAACUGGAUUGCAGCGAUCGAACUGGGUCAGAGACCGUCGGGCUGGCGCUGAUACCGUUUAGCUCCGGAUUGCCGCGCGCAGCGCCAUCUGCUCUGCGGGAUAGUACCGAUUCAGGGGGCAUCUCAAUCCGUUAUGCCCCGAGUCGUCCCGAUCUCUUACUCACGCGAGAAGGCACAUGAGAUCAAACCCGCAGCGUCGACCUGAUCGAGAGCAUCGUUCGCUCCAGGAUUGUUUUCUGAGGAGCCCAACACAUUGAGGCGACCCAGCAGUGGCCCUGAUCGGCCGGACCCCCCCAAGCCUGCCACCAUGGAGCCAGUGGGAGACUUUGAGUACAGCAGGAAAGACCUGGUCGGACAUGGAGCCUUUGCUGUGGUGUUCAAAGGGAGACAUAGGAAGAAGACCGAUUGGGAGGUGGCAAUAAAGAGCAUUAAUAAGAAGAACCUGUCAAAGUCCCAGAUCCUUCUGGGCAAAGAAAUCAAAAUCCUGAAGGAGCUGCAGCAUGAAAACAUUGUGGCACUUUAUGAUGUCCAGGAAACACCCAACUCUGUUUUCUUGGUCAUGGAGUAUUGUAAUGGAGGGGAUCUUGCUGACUAUCUGCAAGCAAAGGGGACCCUGAGAGAAGACACUCUGAGGGUUUUUCUCCAGCAGAUUGCUGCUGCCAUGCGCAUCCUCAACAGCAAAGGAAUCAUCCACCGUGACCUGAAACCACAGAACAUCCUGCUGUCGUACGCGGGUCGCAAGAGGUCCAACAUCAGUGGCAUCCGCAUCAAAAUAGCUGACUUUGGCUUUGCACGGUACCUCCAGAGCAACAUGAUGGCAGCCACGCUGUGUGGGUCACCCAUGUACAUGGCGCCAGAGGUCAUCAUGUCCCAGAAUUAUGAUGCCAAGGCCGACCUGUGGAGCAUAGGGACAGUCAUUUACCAGUGUCUGGUCGGCAAGCCCCCAUUCCAGGCCAAUAGUCCCCAAGACCUGAGGAUGUUCUAUGAAAAGAACAAGACUCUACAACCGAUCAUCCCAAGGGAGACGUCCCAACAACUUGGCCACCUUCUGCUUGGGCUGCUGCAGAGAAAUCAGAAGGAUAGGAUGGACUUUGACGCUUUUUUUAGCCAUCCUUUCCUGGAGCCGUUGUCCACCAUUAAGAAAUCUUGUCCAGUGCCGGUCCCUAGUGCUUCCAAUGCAGUGACAGACAGUUCCUGUGGCAGCUCACCAAGCAUCCGCUACAACUCCCCUCCUUCUCUCCCGGACAUGCAGACAUUAGCAGAAGAUGGUCUGUCAUCCCCCCCACUCGGACCGCCCAACUUCCUGCAGCUGUCCAAAGAGUCUGCAGGAAGCACCAGCAGUAAGAACUCGUCCAGUGACACUGAUGACUUUGUCCUGGUGCCUCACCUCUCUACUGACAGCUACGACCAGCCAAUGGGAACAGGCCGCCGGACGUCCACGGAGUUCCUCAUGUAUGGAGGACAGCCGCAUCCCACCCAGGGACAACCCGCUCCGGUGUCCCCACGGGCGGAGACCACCCCCAUCCCUGUUCCCACCCAGAUCCGCAACUACCAGCGCAUCAAGCAGAACCUCUCCAGCAGCCCGACAACCAUGGUGUUCAGCUCCCCCAGGUCUGGCACUGUGAGGCGUUCCAACACUAGUCCCAUGGGUUUGGCCAAGAUGGGUUCGGGGUCCCCGAGUUCUGCAGACGUCCCUCAGAUCGUGAGCAGGCGUCUCUCCACUGGCAGCUCUCGGCCUUACUCCCCCUCACCUCUUGUGGGCACCAUCCCCGAGCAGCUGGGUCACUGCUGUUGCCACCUGCAGAACCACGAGCCUCGCAGUCGCAGCUCUUCAGGAGGUUCCCCGGUCCCAUCUUCCCACCUCCUCGGGCCUCGACUCCAGAGCGCCCCGACCCUGACCGAGUUCUACCAGACCAGGCAGAAACUCCACAAGCAGUUAUCAGACCCGGUGCAGCCUUCCUCCUCCUGCAGUCAUUCCCCUCAGCUUGGCCGCCCAGCCAGCCUGGGCUCCUCCCCCACCAAGCUCCUGGGCUCCUCCCCCCGCACAUCUGACUGGCUGCAAAAGUCCCCGCUGCCUACAAUCAUUGGCUCCCCGACUAAGACCAUUUCGGCACCGUUCAAGAUCCCCAAGACGCAGGCGUCCUGUAACCUGAUGGCACUGGUGGACAGUCCCGUACCCAUCAAGACGCUGUCGGAUGCCCGGGAUAUCUGCGCCCACCACUGCAGCCCCUACCUCACUGGGCGCCCAGCGGCCCCCGAGGCCAGUCGGACCUUUGGCAGGUCUGUGAGUACAGGUCGUCUGUCUGAGCCGCCAAUCAGAAUCAGUCUGGGUGGACAGGCCUAUCAGGGCAGCACUGACAGCUUGAACACAGAGCGACCGAUGGACACAGCCCCUGCAGGUCCCUGUGGGUUGAUUCAUGGUGGGUCAGGGAGCCCUCGUACUGUGCUGUUCACUGUGGGUUCACCGCCUAGCAGCAGCACUCCUCCCACCUGCAGCCACCUGGGCACCAGACCGCGCACCACCUCAGUGGGCUCCAACAGUUCUGCCGGCUCCCUGUGCUCCACUAGCGGCCGGGUCUAUGUCGGAUCUCCUCCAGGCAUGGCCCUGGGCACCUCUCCUCCAGGCGGUUUUGGGGGCGGGCAGGUCAUGCCUGGAUCCGAGGGGGCACCCAGCAGCCUGCGUUACGUCCCCUAUGGGACCUCCCCUCCCAGCUUGGAGGGAUUCAUCACAUUCGAAGCGCCAGAGCUGCCUGAGGAGACCCUCAUGGAGCGUGAGCAUACAGAUACCCUGAUGCACCUACGGAUGAUGCUUUCAUUCACUGACUGCGUCCUGGAGAUGGCGGCGGUUCGCGCUGGAGAGACGCAGGUCGGUGUGUCGGCCGCUCCUCUCUACCCCCCUCAGGACAGCGUCGUUGUGGACCAGAUCAGCCAGCUCAGCAAAGAGUGGGGGCAGGUGGAGCAGCUGGUGCUGUACAUGAAGGCAGCUCAGCUCCUGGCUUCUUCUCUCCAUAUGGCCAAGGCCCAGAUUAAAUCAACCAAGCUCAAUCCCUCAUCUGCCGUCAAACAGGUGGUGAAGAGUUUAAACGAGCGCUACAAAAGCUGCAUAUCCUUCUGCCGCCGGUUGACGGACAGACUCAACCACUUCUUCUCCGACAAGCAGCGCUUUGUGGACGAAAUCAACAGCGUCACAGCGGAGAAACUCAUCUACAAUCACGCUGUGGAGAUUGUUCAGUCAGCAGCGUUGGACGAGAUGUUCAAACAGACAGAAGACAUAGCCUACCGCUACAGCAAGGCCGCCAUGCUGCUGGACGGCCUGUCCAAGAUCCUACAGGACCCUACCGACAUUGAGAACGUGGUCAAGUACAAGGCCAGCGUGGACCGCAGGAUCUCCGCCCUCUGCUACUGCACCGUCACACUCUACGAGUAGCCGCCCUCACACACACAUACACACACAAACGCAGAGGAGUCCUAAGACUAUCGACUACCAUACAAGGCCGCCGUUCCUUCCUGUAGCAGUUCAAGCACUUUUCAUUUGAUUCUGUAUUUAUGGUCAUACUGGCUGCAUCACAGACACAGCUGUGACAAGCGACUGAUGCACAACUUUACAACCAAAGAUGACAACGGAUCCAGUAUAAAAAAAAGGAAAGUCUGAAAUUACAUGUGGACAUAAAAGCAAAAAAACAUUUUUCUUCAGACGCUAUGAAAACCAUCGGAUCAACAUGUAUAAAAAACAAACUAGUAUCAUCUUUCAAGAUAUCCUUUGUUUUCUACUAGAAGAAAAGGAGGACGGGGAGGACCAUGAUCCGGCUUCAUACUCAAUAUCAGUGGUUAUUUACUCUGUGUUUAGUUUGUCUUUGUUCUUAUUUAUUGGUUCAGAAGAAUGUUGGUGUUUGAGUCUAUUGCCUAUCUUGAAAAAAAUAUUUGAGUCAAAGGAAUUGGAAGAAUUUAGCAAAAGACUGAUGGCCAAUCACAAACAAACGUUUGUUACAGAAACUAGACAGCCAUGUGAGCAAAGGAACCCUUUUUUUCUUGCGUUGUUAGCUCAAGCACUUUAUUGUGGAUUGAGAAGAAGAGAGGCGUAUGGUAGGAGUUGUAAAAGUGUGAAGGAUUUUACUGUCCCUUUUGCUUCAAAACCGACCUGCUCUGUGUACACCAAGAACAAGUCUGCAGAAUACAUACAUUUGCAAUAAGGAAAAGCAACCACAGCAAAAUUUAAUUUUAAUAAUUUGCAGCGGCUCAAAACUAUGUGGGACCUCUUCUCUCCAGAUCAACUUUGUAUAAGAACCACGUUUCUCCACGUUUACGGCCACGGCCUGUGCUACUGAAAAUUUGACCAUUUCUAUCCAAUUUUAAUUUGUCACGGAGGUUCUCUAAUCUACUGGAAGUGUAACGGUGAAUUGGAGUAUCCCAAAUUGUGUGUGACAUGAAAAAAAUAGGCCACAAUUUGAGUGCAGGCAUUCUUAUUGUUUACCAUUGACAUGAUGUCAGAUGCAGUUGCUCUCCAACAUCAAAACAACAUAAUUUAUACAAAAAUACGGUUAAUCCCACAGGCGUAGUAGAGCUUUGAUUGGCUUAACUUGAUUCAUAUUGAAAGAAACUGAGGCUCAUGUCCCAUUGUUCCCAGUGUUAUCCAGUUUGUAGGAAUGUAACGAACCCAUGAGGCCGUGUAGAUGAUGAUGCUCACAGGGAGGAGGGGUCGAGGUGAAUUUGAACAAUGACUGAAUCUGACUCAAUCUGCUCACGUAUGUCACACGGUCUGUAGGCCCGGGCAGUGGGGAGGGGCGGGGUGGCAUGUAAUUGUCCUGCUACCACUGUAGCGCUGAACAACCAAUGAGCGUCCACCUGUACACUGAUGGAGCCAGUUGUGAAACUGACAAGUAAGCUUAGUAACAAGUUUCAUUUGGCUGGACUACUACAGCUUUUUAUGUUAUCUGUAGCUGAAUCUUUUUUUUUUUUUAAACAUGUAAAUAUUUGUAUGUGGUGCAUGUGAUGACUAUAUCCCCCUCUUUUUGGGAGGGGACUGACUGAGUUUUGGAAGUGUCGAGGAUACCAUCAGACGGCCUGCCUGUCAGUCAAAGAGCACAAAUCUUUAGAUGUAAAUAGAGGAAUUUGAUACAUUUUGUUCAUGUCUGCCAAGGGUUUGAUAAGAAACCUAUUUUGGCACAACUGAGGUGUGCCAAAGAACAAAAUAUAACUUGUGGCAGCUCCAAAACUUUAAGAGAACUCUUUCCAUCAGGACUGUUCAAUGUUGAGAUCAAGACACAUUUGUUUUGUUGGUCUUCUGAAAUGUUCUGGGUGAGUGAGUGUGAUCGCUUCAGAUUUUAGGUUCAUUCCCCCAAAUUUCUUCAUAGUGGAUUUGACAUAAUCUUUACUGCCUAUUUUGGACUCUGUCCCUCUGCCUCCCCUCAAGUCGUCUGCCGUGCUCCCAACAGUUUGUAUGUGAGGGAGUAUAAACACACGUACACUCGCCAGGUGUGCAUUGAGGCCAGUAGUAUACAGCGAUAGGCGGAGAAGCCUUCUAGUUAAGGUAGACAACGGCCUGCUCCUUUUGUACAGGUGUGAAUAUAUUCUUUUCUCUGUAAAAAUGUUUAUAAAUGAUGUACUGUUCUUUUUCUGAGACAUAUCUGGGUUACAGUUUCCCUCGUCCUUGUCGUGAGCACUCUGAACCACACAAAGCCUUUUACUGCACACGGAGUGAAGACUGGCAAACAGAGCUGAUGGAAACCUGCCUGAAUCUUUGCUGUGUACCAUUUUUGUCCUCAGGUUGAAACUGAAGACGGGACUGUUUUGGAUGAAGCAUGGGUACCAAGUCAGCAUUUUCCCCUGUAGAACCUCUAGAAUGUCAAAUGAACCUUGUUGUUUUACGCUUCUCCAGCUUGAUCGGAGGCAUUCUGAAGUCACAACCAUGGUAAUGCAACUCCCUCCUAGCACCAAUUUUUAAAAGAGAAAUGUUUAUGUAACACUUUUGUCCCUCACCAAAGGGGUGUCUGUCUUUCUUCUUUAUUGAACACCAAUAAGAGUUUUUGUUAUUAAAAAGAGAAAACGUUAAAAUG